UCCCCUUCUGGGCGCCUAGGGGCGGUCGGAGUGCGCCUGCGCACAGGCUCGUUACGACGAAGGAGGAAAAGAAGAUCGGGAGGGCGCCGGAAACCUCCGCUCUCCUUCGGUCGGCGUCGAAGGCAGCGCGAUGCAUCACUGUAAGCGCUACCGCUCCCCGGAGCAGGAUCCCUACACGAACCACAGAUGGAAGAGGAGGCGGUCUCGCAGCAGAGAGCACCACGAAGGGAGGCCGCGCUAUCCCAGUCGCCGGGACUUUUCGCGGAGGUCACGUUCCAGGAGUGGGGAUCCAGCCCAGCUUGCGUCCUUCUCCUCUCCUCCAUUUUAUCCACACAACAACCCUGUGAGCCAGGACAGAAUGCCCCAUCAGAGACGAUACCGAGACGGAAUGGAAGGCGAGGUCUACAGGUUUGAAGAACGGAGCACGUCUUUCGGAGAGGACUAUUACUCUUCCCACCGCUCACGCCACCGCCGGAGAUCCCGCGACCGAGAGCGCCACCGGACACGGAAGCGUCAGCACCGCUGCCGGAAACGCAGGACCAGGUCUUGUAGCAGUACCUCCUCGAGAAGCCAACAGAGCAGUAAGCGCAGCAGGAGCGUGGAAGAUGACAAGGAAGGUCACCUGGUUUGCAGCAUCGGCGAUUGGCUCCAAGAGCGAUAUGAAAUUGUCGGGAGCCUGGGCGAGGGGACGUUUGGGAAAGUCGUGGAGUGCGUGGACCACGCCAGAGCCAAGUCUCUGGUCGCUUUGAAAAUCAUCCGAAACGUGGGCAAAUACCGCGAGGCGGCCCGGCUAGAAAUCAAUGUCCUAAAGAAAAUUAAGGAGAAAGACAAGGAGAACAAGCACUUGUGUGUCCUGAUGUCGGACUGGUUUAACUUCCACGGCCACAUGUGCAUCGCCUUUGAACUCUUGGGCAAGAACACGUUUGAGUUCCUGAAGGAGAACAACUUCCAGCCCUACCCUCUCCUGCAGAUCCGACACAUGGCCUACCAGCUCUGCCAUGCCCUAAAAUUUCUGCAUGACAACCAGUUGACUCACACUGACCUCAAGCCUGAAAACAUCUUGUUUGUAAACUCCGAUUUUGACACCUUGUACAACGAGAAAAAGGCUUAUGUGUUGCAGAACUGCGAAGAGAGGUUGAUCAGGAACACAGGCAUCCGAGUUGCAGAUUUUGGGAGCGCCACCUUUGAUCACGAGCAUCACACCACCAUCGUGGCGACCCGGCAUUAUCGCCCGCCGGAGGUGAUCUUGGAGCUUGGCUGGGCACAGCCCUGUGACGUGUGGAGCAUUGGCUGCAUCCUCUUUGAGUACUACCGGGGGUUCACGCUCUUCCAGACCCAUGAGAACAGAGAGCAUCUGGUGAUGAUGGAGAAGAUCCUGGGUCCGAUCCCACAGCACAUGAUCCGCAAAACAAGGAAGCAAAAGUACUUUCACAAGGGAAGUUUGGUGUGGGAUGAGAACACUUCCGACGGGCGAUACGUCCAGGAGAACUGUAAACCACUGCAGACGUACAUGCUGCACGACUCCCAAGAGCACAUGCAGCUCUUCAACCUGAUGAGGCAGAUGUUAGCGUUCGACCCCGCCCAGCGGGUCACGUUUGCCGAAGCUCUGCUCCACCCGUUCUUUGCCGGCCUGUCCCCCGAGGAGAGGCGCCUGAGCUGCCGGGAUUCAAGCCGGGACCUGAGCAGAUGACAGACGGGCCAAGGCGGAGCUUCCAGCGGGCAGAUGUACAUAGCGCGAGAUUGGCCCGCCCGUUGCGUCAGAGACCCUUGUGCAGUGCAACGGUUGGAGAUGUCGCCGCAGCGUCGGACGGACCCUGGUCGCGGGAGGGGGGAGAGACAGCUCCUGAAAAGCACAGAUUUGUCUCAUAUUUAUAUGUUGUAAAGUUAAAAAAUAAAGUGUUUCAUAUUGUUUGAUAA